AUGGACUGGAAGAAGGAUGGGGAGUGUGAAGGGCAUCACAGACAUCUGGGGACUCCUUUUCCAGAGAACGAUUAUGAAUGUAUUAAAAAUGGCGAGUUCUUUGAUCAAGGCACCAACCUUCUUACACCUAGGAGCAUACAUUUGGGAGAGAAUUUUUCUAAAUAUAAUGAAUGUGGGAAAAUAUUUAACCAGUCAUUUCAUGUUGGUGAUCAAGAGAGGAUUCAUGUGGCAAAUAACCCAUAUUCAUGCCAUGAACCUGGGAAUAUGCUAAGUCAUUCAUCAAGACUACAUAUAAACAAGACAAUCCAUACUAGACAGAAAGGUUACAUUUGUACGGAGUGUGCCAAAGGCUUCAAUGGGCACUCAGCACCAAUUCAACAUCAGCAAGUGCCCACUGGAGACAACCCUUACAGAUGUAAAGAAUGUGGUAAAACUUUUAAUUGUGGCUCAUCAGUAAAUGGACAUGGACUAAUUUCUACUAGAGAGAAACCAUACACACAAAAUUGUGGGAUGACCUUUACCCAACACUCACCUCUUACUGAACAUCACCGAAUCCAUACUGGAGAGAAACCUUACCAAUGUCAAGAAUGUGGCAAGGCCUUUACCCAUGCCUCAGACCUUACCAGACAUCACAGAAUCCAUACUGGAGAGAAACCUUACCAAUGUCAAGAAUGUGGCAAGGCCUUUUCCCAUUCCUCAGUCCUUACCAGACAUCAUAGAAUCCAUACUGGAGAAAAACCUUACCAAUGUCAAGAAUGUGGAAAGGCCUUUACCCAACCCUCACACCUUACCAGACAUCACAGAGUCCAUACUGGAGAGAAACCUUACCAAUGUCAAGAAUGUGGCAAGGCCUUUUCCCAUUCCUCAGUCCUUACCAGACAUCAUAGAAUCCAUACUAGAGAAAAACCUUACCAAUGUCAAGAAUGUGGCAAGGCCUUUCCCUGGCCCUCAGGCCUUAAUCGACAUCACAGAAUCCAUACUAGAGAGAAACCUUACCAAUGUCAAAAAUGUGGCAACGCCUUUACCAACUUCUCACACCUUACUCGACAUCACAGAAUCCAUACUAGAGAAAAACCUUACCAAUGUCAAAAAUGUGGCAAGGCUUUUACCAACUUCUCACACCUUACUCGACAUCACAGAAUCCAUACUGGAGAGAAACCUUACCAAUGUCAGGAAUGUGGCAAGGCCUUUUCCUACCACUCUUCCCUUAUUGAACAUCACCGAAUCCAUACUGGAGAGAAACCUUACCAAUGUCAAAAAUGUGGCAAGGCCUUUACCAACUCCUCACACCUUACUCGACAUCACAGAAUCCAUACUGGAGAGAAACCUUACCAAUGUCAGGAAUGUGGCAAGGCCUUUACCAUCUCCUCACACCUUACUCUACAUCACAGAAUCCAUACUGGAGAGAAACCUUACCAAUGUCAGGAAUGUGGCAAGACCUUUACCAACUCCUCAGACCUUACUCGACAUCACAGAAUCCAUACUGGAGAGAAACCUUACCGAUGUCAAGAAUGUGGCAAGGCCUUUACCAGUUCCUCAUAUCUUACCAAACAUCACCAAAUCCAUACUGGAGAGAAACCUAAUCAAUGUCAAGAAUGUGGCAAGGCCUUUAUCAACUCCUCACACCUUACUCUACAUCACAGAAUCCAUACUGGAGAGAAAGCUUACAAAUGUCAAGAAUGUGGCAAGGCCUUUAUCCAACAUUCACACAGUAUUCAACAUCACAGAAUUCAUAAUGGACUGAAACUCUACAAAUGGUUUCAAUAUGGCCAGAUCUUUAAGUGACUUUUACACCUUCCCUGACAGAACAGAAUUCGUACUGAUGGAAACCUCCCUAACAUAAAGAAUGCAGUAAGCUCGACCUUUUCUCGUUAUCACAGAAUUCAUAGUGGAGCAAAUCUUCCAAAUUUAAGGAAUGUGAGAAAAGUUUCGUGGACUGCUCACCCCUCACUUCACAUAGUGCUGGGAGCCAUCUCUGAAGUAAGGCAGGUUUGCAAGACCUCCCACUGUCAGAUGGUAAU